UGUUCAUGGUCAGUUUUUGAAAAAAAAUUGAAUUUGUUUUUCAAGUUCCAAAAACUGGCCUGAUGAAAAAAAUUUCUUCCACACACAACUUUAAAUUCUUUUCAAAUGAAGUGCAUGUCCAAAAAUUAUAUUUCAGCACAGCGACUAAAAGACUAAAACCUUUUUUUAAAGUUUAACUAUAUCUAUGUUUUGGCUGAAUUUAAAAAGCUCAUUUCUUCAUAUCUCCUUUUCACUUCUGCCUGCUCUGUUAUUUUAGUUAUUAUUAUGAUUAUUAUUGCUAUCUACGCCUUUUCAGCCUCGAGAACCGUUUCAUUUUGUACUUGGCUUGGCUUUGUAGAUCUUCUGUCCUUUGUUGUUAUUCUACUUUUUCCUCUAACUUUACUGCUGGAGCAAUAAAUUACUACAAAAACAGGACAAUUUCAUAUCCUCUGUGCUCCUUCGCUCUAACCUCUACCUUUCUUUAUAUUCAUUACAAGUUUCGCAGCAGAUUCAGAGAUUCACAGACUGAACCAUUUUCUUUCUGUUCGAUUCUUUAUUUUUCUUGGGAUCUGUUUGUCUUUUUCAUGGAAGUCCACAACUAAAAAAAAAUUUCGCACUCUUCAGUUUCUUAUCUGCUUAUUCUUGGCUAUCCUGAAUUAUCAAUGAAUAACUUCAUUAUCAAAAUUCAGAUUAUGUUUCUCCAAUUUGUCCUUGUUGGGGUGUAUAUUAUGUACAAGGGUGCAGCAGAUGCUUCGGGAGCUCCAAUGGAGAAAUAUGAGAAAGAGGCCUUGUAUUCUGCAAUUCAAGGUUUUGUUGGAAAUGAAUGGAAUGGUUCAUAUCUUUACCCUGAUCCUUGUGGCUGGACAACAAUAGAGGGUGUAUCAUGUGAUUUCUCUAAUGGCUUCUGGCACAUAACAGAUUUAAGUAUCGGACAAGUAUAUGACAACUCCCUUAGCUGCUCCCCAGCUGCAGAGUUCAGAGAAGACUUAUUCAAGCUCAAGCAUCUAAAAAGACUUUCCUUCUCAAAUUGCUUUCUCUCAUCUCACCACAAACCAAUUACAAUUCCCACAUCAAAUUGGAAUAGUCUUGCAAACAGCCUUGAAUCGUUAGAGUUUCGAUCAAAUCCUAGUCUAACUGGGACAAUUCCCACCAGUUUUGGCAACCUUAAGAAUCUUCAAUCUUUGGUGCUGGUGGAAAAUAGACUCAAAGGAGAAAUACCAGAAGCUUUAGGCGGCUUAAUAAAAUUAGUGCGCCUCGUUCUUUCAGGAAACAGUUUUGAAGGUCCAAUUCCUGCUAGUCUAGGAAAAUUGACAAAUCUUUUAAUAUUUGACACCAACAGGAAUUUUCUAUCUGGUUCAUUACCUGUGACUUUUGGUAAUUUGACUUCACUUAUAAAGCUUGAUUUGAGCAACAAUUUAUUUGAUGGAAAAUUACCUAGAGAAAUAGGAGGUCUAAAGAGUGUAACACUGCUUGAUCUCAGCCAUAACAAAUUUUCAGGGGGUUUGCCAAAGAUAAUUCAAGAAAUGAUUUCUUUAAAAGAACUUGUGCUAUCUAACAAUCCAAUAGGUGAUUAUGUUACAACAAUUCAAUGGCAGAAGCUGAAAAACUUGGAAAUCCUGGAUCUUUCCAACAUGGGAUUGAAAGGGAACAUACCAAAUUCAAUGACAGAAAUGAAGAAGCUGAGAUUUCUCAGCCUCAGCAAUAAUAGUCUUUCGGGAAAUAUUCUAUCGAAAUUUGAUAGAAUGCCAACUAUUUAUGCUUUGUAUCUUGAUGGAAAUGAUUUCACAGGGAAACUUGAAUUUUCAACAAGGUUCUAUGACAAAUUAAGGAGUCGUUUUCGAGCUUCAGGUAAUAUGAAUCUAUGCUCGUCUCUCGAGUUAAUGUCAACAAGGCAUGUACCAGAAGGAGUAAAACAAUGUGAACAAGAUAGCAUAAUACAUAGUGAAGAUUCAGACUCCAGUUUGAAGAAUGAAUUUUUGAAUCAGAAUCUGCACUUUAUUGCUUCUUUGGGACACUCAGGCCAUGUUGUUAGUGGUUUUACAUUUUGUUAUGUUGUAAGGAUUAUACUUAUGGCUCUUCUUUGGAUUAUAUGAAUAAAUUUC